AUGUCGGAAAAAAGUAUCAAACUUGGUCAAAAGGUAGAAGUACCCGGUCGUGGAUAUAUAGGCACUGUUGCGUAUAUUGGCUCUACCUCCUUUGCUCCGGGUAAAUGGGUCGGGAUAAUUUUGGAUGAGCCAAAAGGCAAAAAUAAUGGCACAGUACAGGGCAAGCGAUAUUUUACAUGUGAAGAUAAUUUUGGCAUGUUUGUAAGACCUACACAAAUUAAUAUUCUUGAAGAAGUACCGUCGACCGACGUAACUUCAAGUUCCGAGAAAUUAUCUGUUCCUGUUGAAUCGAAGAGAAGAAACACUGGGCCAUCUUCCCCGACGUCUCCGAGAACUCCUGCAGUGUCCGUUAGUGCAAGUACCAGUACUGAAAAGCUUAACGUCGAAAUACCGGAUUCUUCUGCCAUCGGACCUUCAAAAGAUAAAUCCACAGUACCUACUGGAGUUAAGACAGGAAAAUCCGGGCCCCAAAUAUCGGUGAUUGUAGCUAAAGAUGCAAGCACUAAUAUUAGCAAACCGCUACCUUCUCCCAAAAAUGCUACCAAAAAUUCUUCUAUUGUCAAUCCUGUAUCAAAGCAGCCGUCAAUAACCUCUGAUGGUCACUCCGUCAAGUUGGAAACGUCUACAUCCAACGAUAAUGCGGAGGAAUUAUUAAUCCUGAAGCGAAAACGAGAAGAAGAUGCGUUAAAGAUGAAAGAUUACGAGAAGCUAAAAUUGCAGUUGCAACAGGAAGCACAAUCGGAUUUGCAGAAGAAGCUUAAAGAAGCAAAAAAGGAAGCUAAGGAAGCUAUUGAAUUUAAGGAAAAGUUUGAAACGGAAAUGCAAGAAAAAGAGGAAUUGCUUCAGUUAGCUAUGCUAGACAAGGAAUUGGCCAAUGAAAAGGUGCUUGUAUUACAGGAUGAAUGUGAGCAAAGCUUAGAAAAUAUUGAAGAACUAAAAAGUGAGAUUGAACUACUGAAAGGUGAAGUUGAAGACCUAAAAGCUACCGGGAGUAAUAAUGAUAGUGAAACAACUCAUCAGGUCCAGUUACUACAGAAACAACAAAGACAGCUUAAGGAUGCCUUAAUUAAAAUGCGAGAGUUAUCUAUGUCCGAAAGGCAGGAUCACGCCCAAACUGCUGAAGAGUUGAAAAAAAAGUCAUCUCAGCUGAAGUCUAUAAAUGCUGAUGUAGCGAAACUUAGAACAGAACUGGCGAAUGCGGAAGAAACUAUUGAAAUUUUAAAAGAACAAGUUGAUGCCGCUGUUGGAGCACAAGACAUGUUAGAAAAACUAACAGAUAAUAAUUUAGAGCUUGAUGAAAGAAACAGGGAGCUAAAUGAACAAAUCGAUGAAUUGGAAGCACUGGUCGAUAUGAACGACGAAUUAGAAGAGAACCAUCAAGAACUAGAGAGGGACUUGAGAGACGAAAUAGCUUCUUUAACGAAUGAACUACUUGAGAGAAACCAACGACUAGAGAUAGCAAUAAAUACAACUGCAGAUCAAUCAAGUACCAUCAAUAAAUUCCGUGACUUAGUACAACAACUACAGGAAGAAAAUGUGUCUUAUCGAGAAAAGUUAGAGUCAAAUAUUGUAUCAGAAAGCCCUAAAAUAAAUACUCAAGCCAUUGACUACAAACUAAAAAUGGCAACCACGAAAGCACACGGCAAAGCGAUUGAUAUCGAACUAUUAAAAGUAGAGAUCUCAAUGCUGAACUAUUAUAACGACUUACUACUGACGUUCUUACCAAAAUCAUUUGUUGACAACGGUGGCGAACGUGACUGUUUACUAGUUAUGACUCUAAUGAAUCGAGUUUCACGCAAGUCCUCCAUCAUCUCAACACAAGUAAAAGAAAGGCUAUUAACUUUAUUACAGUUUGCAAUAGGUGACGCUCUAGAUCUUACCAAUGUGGAUACUUCGCAAUUAGAGAGAGUAGAAUUUGGAUGUAGAAUAAUUCAGGAAUUUUCAAAUCUAAUUAUCAUAGUUAACAGAAUCGAAAGUGCCAUGUCGGUAUGCAGUAUGGAGAUUUUUAGUAAAUUAGGAAGUUUAUAUGCAGACACUCUUCCUCAUGAAAAAGCUAUUGAUAAUAUUAUAGAAUUGCUACGAAAAGAUCAGUUGGACGAAAACUGUUCAUUGGAUUCUCUGCAGAAAUGUUUAGCAUUUUUUAAGGUUAAAAGGAACAUCCCGCAAGAUGGAAACAGUAUAAUUGAACUCCCAAAAAAGAUUUAUGAUACAUUGUCUGAGCAUAAUGAUUGCUUAAGAACGUUGGGUUUCCUGUUCCAAGAUGUAUGUUCGAAUAUUAAUGUACAGGCAAUCUCACCGGGAGAAGAUGUUAAUAUAUCUGAAUAUGAACUCGAGAAUACUAUUCUAAAAUUGAUUCAUAAAUCCUACGGAAGUGAAUCUUCCUUGGAAUCACUACGUGAUUUACUAGAGAAAAUUGAAUUCGAUAUGCAAACGAUUGCUGAUGCCUUGCAAAGUGGUGAAUAUGACAAUGAAGGCAAUAAGGGAUACAAGGGAGAGGCCCCUUAUUCUAUCCGAGCUAAAGAAAUGAUUGGAAUCAUUGACAGUGCUGUUGCAGUUGAAAAGAAGUUAAAAGAGAAAGAAGAAACGGUCACUGAACUUCGAAAGGGUCUUAAGGGAAAGAAUGAUGAAAUAGGAGAGCUCAAAGUACGAAUUAAUAUGUUGGAGAAACGUGUUGAAAAUGCGACAAAAGAGUCGCAAGCCCACCUUCAGGAUUUAGAAAGGAAACUAGAACACACGAAAGAAGAAUUGGCUAAGAAGGAGAGUGUGUUUGAAGCUGCGAUGGAUGGACUACAACAAGACAUUGAAGAUUUAGAGAGAGAAAAAGAAGAAUUAGAGAAAAGGCUGAAUACUGUCGCUAAAAAAUCGAUGAUGACUAAUAUUUCUCAACGUGGUCCGCCAUCUGGAAUAGCUGCUAUUGUUGCUGGAUUAAGCGGAUCAUCAGGCACUGAUCUUAAUACUGAUAGUAACACUAUUACACCUGGAUCUAUAAUUGCUGGUGAAACGUCUCAAGUUGUUAUCCGAGAUUCUGACAGUAUUUUGAAACAGGUGGAUAUUUUAAAGUCAACGGUUCGCUAUCUUAGAAAUGAAAACCUUCGAUUAAAGGGAGAGAAAGCUAAGAUUGAAUUAGCAAGCCUUCCACCAAUAAUAUUGCCGAAUAGUUUAAGUAAGCCUUACGAUGAAUUAGAAGCAGAAAAAGAAGCUGAUGGAAACACGGAAACUAUAGACGAUGAGCAAGAAAAAGAAACGAAAAUUGAUGUGAACAAAGAAAAUUCUACAGAUACAACAUUUCAGAUUGCCUCCUCGAGAGCACCCAUGCAAAUUAAGUCAAGGUCUACCACUAAAACUACUGAAUACUCUGUACAAUCAGUUGUGCGAGAAAUAUGUGAUGUCCUUCAUAGAAUUGAGUCCGCUAGUUCAAAUCCGAUAGUGGUUGAUAUUAGCAACAGAAAGCCUGGAAAUGUACCAGCCUCAGAAAAACAAAAACCUAGUCACCAGCUGGUAAACAGGGUUGCUUCUCUAAAUGAACUGCAAUCCUCGUAUGACCAACUUCAAAAAAAAGUAUCAACAUUUGUUGCUAAUCGACUUCCUGGUGGUGUAUCAAAGACUACAUUUUCUUCAUUUGUUACCCCUGUUUUCUCAAAGUCAUUCUAUGAACAAGCUGCUACUCCUGUUAUUGGAAAAGUAACGAUACCAACUUUGGAGAACGAGUAUAAAAUGGACAGACAUAACUUAUUGUUACAGCAUUCUCAAUGGCAUGCUCUGCAUACAUUAUUUGUUCGAUAG